GAAUACCUAAACUAUUACUCGCAACUUUUCUAUCUCUCUCACUAAUUCGCCCCUGGAGUUCUCGACUGCGUCGUGAACACGUGUAGAGAGACGGACAUACAGGGAGUUUUGGGGGCGGGUAUAUUUUCUUGUAUGGGUAUAUGCGUGUAAGACGAAGUCUACACACACAUGUACAAACGGGUCCAUCGUCGCCAGCUGUGUGGUGAGCUGUUGGGUGUAUGGUGGGAGGGAGGGGAGUGGAAACAGGCCUGACUGCUCCCCCUAAUACUGGAGGAUUGAAUGGGCGAGGAGGGUGGUAUUGGGUUCCCUCACGCCACCACCCACACACCACUGCUCCCAACCCGCUUGAGCCACCCACUUCUGUCCGCCUGCCACCCCGCCUACCCACCCACUCGCCACCCGACUGCCGUCGAGGAAACAACCUGCAACCGAACCAGCAUAACGUUUCCUCGAACAACGAUUUUCGUGAGCAUCUUACACUUGGUCUUCGUCAACGGCACAGGAAUGUAAGUAAUUUCUAAGACUGAACACUUUUUCGUGUCCAUACACAAGGCGUAGUGCGAUUUCGCGUCGUGUUCUUCACCGCGUUUGUGUGCCUCAAGCAUUCGAUGUGUUCGGCGUCAUCAUCGUCUAGCGUCAGUACGAGUACUAGAUCUUUAUCUGUGUCUUCGCCGACGACGUUCCUCCCGAGACUCGUAUACACUGCUUCACUUCUUUUCACGGGUUGCGCGCCAAGAAACGUGUAAUCGGGAGAAAGUGCAAAGUGGGACGGCGAGAAAUAAGGUGCGAGGAGUAAAAGCAAGUAGAGAGUGAGAAUCGAAUGUGAGAGCGACUACGAAUGGUGACUACGGUCCGCGACGCGCAAACGAAAGCGAGAGGAGAGGCCACCGUCCCAGCCGACGUAUUGUGUGUAUCGCGAAUAGGCCGCACGCGAAUACCCAUCGAGACGCGCGGAGCGCGCGGCUAUAUGUGCGACGUCUCGACGUCCGUGUGUUCGUUGGUGUUUCGCGCGCAGUGAGGCAGACGGAGAGAGGUGCCGGGUGCCCAUGUGUGUUCCAUGAGCGCGCGUGUGCGCGCGGGGGCGGCCAUUCGCGGGUGCUCCGCGAGAUCGUGCUACGCGAUGCCCGAGCACGGUCGACGGGCCGACGGCGUUUGCCGCGGCCUUUUUCUCGUGCCGUGUUUACGCGUUUGCGGCAACGGGAUGAGAACGGCCGCCGAUGGCGACGGCUGUUUCGCGCGCCCCACCGGCCGCCAUGCGUACAAGCGACGAAGAGCGAAGAUCGAGGAAAGAAUGAAUUUUUCGACUGUACACACGCGACUAUUUAUGCGUAUAUGCGAUCGUGUUGUUGUUGUACAUGUGGAUGCGCGGGCGCGAAAAGGAGACCUGUCUGGUCGCCUGAUGUCCUUGGUACACCGGCAAUAAUUUCCGGAUGGAUUUGAAUGGAACACUGUGCGCGUGUCUUCUCUGUCUCUCUCCCUCCUCUUAUUCUCUCUCUCUCUCUCUCUCUCUCUCUCUCGUCAUCUAUCUGACUCUUUCUUUCUUUCUCGGGGAUUGUGUCUUUGCCUUUAUUCCGACCGAACGUGUUCCCGCCGCCGUAUCAUCUCUCCUUCUUCUCCUUUCAGACUUUUCUACUCUUCCCCUUUGCGCUGUAACACGUAGAGGUUCUCAACCAGGCGUAGAAACGAGAAGCUCCGCUAGUUCGGUGUACAACACCCUCUACACUCCACCAUCUGUCGUUUCUAGGGGGACAUGCCCUCGAUCGGUGGCGGAGGGGCAUAUUGAUUUAUUCUUCACAGAACCCCUUCCACAGACAUGUUCUUUGCUUUCCCCUCCGCGUGCACGUAUAUGGCCGGUCCCGGUAUAUGCGCACACGCACAUACAACACAGGGUUACUGGCAGGGUUGUUCGGUUCCCCUCUCAGUUCCUCGAGUAAUCGUGGCGCGCGAUCAAUACAUGGCUCUUUCCUCUUUCCGGAUGCUGUCGCUACCCCUGCAGAGUUCAACAUUAAAUUCACGCUUUAGAUAUUUUCGGAAGACGCUGCUUAUACACUCAGGUAGAAAGGUUUCACAAAGGAAUAGGGGGAGGUUUCACAAAAGGAAGGGAAAAGGUUUAUUGUUCUGCGGAAACUGACUGACCACUAGAAAUAUUCAAAAUGGAUGCAAACAGCACUAGACUGGAUUAUGAAGAUAUGUUUAGAGAAAUAACCAAAAAACUUUAUGGGGAGGAUCCCGAUCACAGAACGUCGAGUGUACAAAAUGAGUUUGAAGCAUCAGUUUCCUACAAAAAUGAUGAAGAUACUGGAAACGGCACCGACGGCAGUGACGACGGAAACUGGACAUAUGAGGAUGAACCUUAUAAAGGAACUGAUGGAAGUCGAAUCGCGGCUUACCAUGCCGGAAAAGCUAUAUGGCGGUGUGACGAAUGUGGUGAAAUUAUGACUAGUGGACCACGAGAGAUCGCCGAGCAUUUUAUAGAGCAUCAUCCAUCAAGAAUUCUAACAGAUAGCAGUAGAAACAGGCAUCACUCACCGCGCAAAGAUUAUUUGCAAACAGAUUUCAAGGUCGAAGAUAUGGUCAUGUAUUUAGAAAGACUCCGUGAACGCGCCGAGAGGGCGGCUCCCCCUUCUCGAAGAACUCAAGAAACACAAACUGUACCUACGGCACCACUACCAGUUACAUCGAACUUCCUUAUGCAAGAUAUGUCAUCAGCCUCCGUACCGCAGCAUUUGCAACAAAAUGCAUCUACGAUGUCUACUCCUGUUACGGCGUCCACGAAUCCUAAACGUUACGCCUGUGCAUUCUGUAAUUACGGUACGGACAGACGAGAUCUUUUCACGCGACAUGAAAACAUUCAUCGUGAAGAAAAGCCAUUUCACUGCUAUAUGUGUUAUAAACCAUUUAAUCGUGCGGACCACGUGAAAAAACAUUUCAUGAGGAUGCAUCGUGAUCAUCCAUAUGACGUAUCGAGGAUACGAAGGCCACCGUCUAGCUCUAAGCCGUUACAACAGGACUCGACAGCAACGCCAGCGACUGUUAAUGCAAAUAGUCAGCAGCAAUCGCAGCAGCAACACAUGAGCAAUCAAUUCGGUUUCGCCAGCAACAAGGGCUAUCAGUUACAGCCAACUGCUGCCACAUCAAGCACUAGUACCAGUAUCAGCGGCAUUCAUCAAGCGAUAAUCAUGCCUUCUCCAGCUAUUAUACAAUCUGAUGCAAACAGCUGUAACACAGGCAGACGAGUGCAAAAUGGAGGAUGUAAUAGUAAAAGUCAUCUUAAGGGUAGCUCCAAAAACACGCAAGAACGAAGGUAUACCUGUAUGUAUUGCCCUUGGACCGGAGUCGAUAAUUGGUGUUUAAAGCGGCAUAUGAAUACCCAUACGAAGCCAUUCGCGUGCAGCUUAUGCGAAUACAAAGCAGCACGCGCCGAGCGGCUCGCGACACACGUGUUAAAGGUGCACAAUAGAAGACAAUGUUCCAAAUGUCCGUAUCUCGGCGACGAUGCAGCACAAUUGCAAAUACAUCAGAUGUCUCACCGCGGUAGUGGUGGACCAUCUACAUCAAUUGCGCAGCCGGCACCUCCACCGAAUAAUCGACACCAGCAACCUCUGCAUCCCGUGGGAGGAGGACGACCGCCACCUGGACCACCUGUUUUUCCAGCAUCAGCUCCAGCAAUUGCACCUGCUACCACUGUGAUACCACCAACUACUAUACUCGGCCACGAGAUGGUAAAGUCCCCUGCAACUGCAGCGACUAUGGCAUACCCCACGGAGGAGGAGAAGCGGUCGCACCGUCGCAUGGGCGUCACCAACGGUGACGAUGACGACAACGAUGACGAUGUCGUCCGACGUAAGGGUAAUCGCGAGGCAUACAAUCGUGAUCUCGACAUUUGUUGCAUCUGCGAUUUCAAGAACGAUAGGGAUAACGAUGUUCAAACGUAUUUGAACAUUCGCAAUAGGAAUGACGCUACUGAUACAUUUAAUUCUGAUUUUAUAUGCAGCAAUCAAUCACCACUACAGACAGAAAUUAACGAUAUACUUUUGGAGCCAUCAUUAACACAGGAAUCCGAGAAUAAACAAGACGGAAAGGAAAAUCAAAGACGAGGUGGAAAACGAUCGCGAAAACAAAGCCAACCGAAAAAAAUCAUAUGGCAUCGAAAUCAUAAAAAUGAUUUCAUCCUUGCCCUAGGUCUACAAAACGUAAGACGUAGUUGUAAAUAUAAAAUUAAAAAAAUGAAAACAAAAAAUGAAAAAAAAUGGAGAACACAAAGAACAUUCAGGUGUCAUUUAUGCCCCAAAAAUGCGCCUGCACGAGGAAGAACUCAUCGUCCUUACCAUAGCAAAGCGUCACUGACACUGCAUAUGCUAUGGCGUCACAAACGAAAAUGUUGGACGAUUAAAAAUAAUACAUUGAAAAUUAAUUCUAAUAAAGUUGCUUCGACUGUUCCUUCAAUAACAGUUGAAGAAACUUUUUUUACUAAUACAAAUUUCAGAUAUGAUAGAUAA